ACCCUCAGGCAACAUAGUAACGAAGUCAGAAUGACUUCUCGAUUCAUUACAACCUCUGAUGAUGCAUAGAUGUGUUUUAUAAUGCAAAGCCCAAGGACUGCUACAUUAUUAUGAAAUGUAAAAAGCACGGAUAAUUGCUCUCGAAUAGCUGUCGCAUGAUCUCGGGAGCGCGCAAAUCAUGAGAAACGAAGCCGUCGUCACAGGGAAGAAUACACACACAUUCGGAGGCAUUGGAACGGAGCUCACUAGGCCAAGAUACAUUUUUUUUACACGGAAUCACUCGUCGUUCAUUUUGUAACGCGGACUUCCCGACCGGCGGAGAUCAAAACUUGCUAGAGCAUAUGUGUAUGAAGGGGGAAAGUAACGUACAUGAUGGUUCGGGAAACCAGGCACCUUUGGGUGGGAAAUUUACCCGAACAUGUUCGAGAGGAGAAAAUUGUCGAACAUUUUAAACGCUAUGGACGUGUGGAGAGCGUCAAGGUCCUGCGGAAGCGAGGGUCGGAGGGCGGCGUGGCAGCCUUUGUGGAUUUUGUCGAUAUCAAAAGUGCACAGAAGGCUCACAAUGCUGUCAACAAGAUGGGGGACAGAGACCUGCGCACUGACUACAACGAACCUGGGUCUGUCCCUAGUGCUGUUCGGGGCCUUGAUGACAACCCCACGUCGAGCAGUCACGGGCGGGAUGUUUCAGGAUUCUCUAGGGGGGCAGUGGGUCCAGUGUUUGGCCCCCCAGUGUCCCUCCACACCAGAGAGGGGCGGUAUGAACGGAUAAGAGACUGCAGCUCAGAGACCCGGGAGCGUGCAUAUGAUCACAGCCCCUAUGGACACCAUGAGCGCACUGGCACUUUUGAUAGACAGCGUCACUACAACGCAGACUAUUACCGCGAUCGCACCAUGUUUGCAGCUGGAGUUAGCCCUGGCCCUGGAAGUAGCAGUGCCAUGGGUGGGAGCUUUGAAACCCCAGAGCCUCAUUUUGAGUCCAGGAUCCGAGGAGAUCCCUUCACCUUGUCUAGUGCUGCACGCCGCGACCCCUAUCGAGAUGACAGGGGGCGUCGUGUUGACAGGGCUUACCAUCACCGCCGCAGUCGAUCAUCUCAUUCCUCACAGUCUCGACACCCCUCCCCGCAAAGGACCACAGGGCAAACACCCAAAGCCCCCCAUUCCCCCAAAAGAGCCCCCCUCUCCCCAGAAAGAGGUCCAUGCUCUAGGUCCCGCAGUAGGUCCUCUAGCUCUGAUUCUGUCAGCAGCACCAGCAGCACUGGCAGUGGCAGCAGCGAUUCAAACAGCAGUUCAAGUGAAGGGUCUCGUGCACGCUCUGUUCAGUCCUCUGCUACACAUGCACCUCCCUCUCAGCCCUGCUCCAUGGUGAUGGAAGGUGAUGAGCCACGCAGAAGCUUUGGCAUCAGGGUGCAGAACCUACCAGUGCGUUCCACAGACACAAGUUUGAAAGAUGGACUGUUCCAUGAGUUCAAGAAACAUGGGAAAGUGACAUCUGUGCAGAUCCACGGGGCCUCAGAGGACCGAUAUGGUCUGGUGUUCUUCAGACAGCAGGAAGACCAAGAGAAAGCCCUCAACGUCUCCAAAGGAAAGCUUUUUUUCGGCAUGAUGAUUGAGGUUUCUGUCUGGAACGGCCCUGAAACUGAGAGCGAGAAUGAAUUCAGGCCAUUAGAUGGACGGAUUGAUGAAUUCCACCCCAAGGCCACAAGGACCCUGUUUAUCGGCAACUUGGAGAAGACCACCAGUUACCAACAGCUCCUUGAUAUCUUCCAGCGCUUUGGAGAGAUUGUGGAUAUUGACAUUAAAAAAGUCAAUGGUAUUCCUCAAUACGCCUUUGUGCAGUAUUCUGAUAUUGCCAGUGUCUGCAAAGCUAUAAAGAAGAUGGAUGGAGAGUAUUUAGGGAGCAACCGGCUCAAGCUGGGUUUUGGAAAGAGUAUGCCCACAACAUGUGUUUGGCUGGACGGUUUGGCUUCCAACAUCACAGAGCAAUAUCUCACACGCCACUUCUGCCGCUAUGGACAUGUAGUCAAGGUGGUGUUUGACAGGUUGAAGGGGAUGGCUCUCAUCUUGUAUAACAAUACAGAUUUUGCACAGGCAGCUGUCAGGGAGACCAAAGGCUGGAAGAUCGGAGGCAACAAAAUAAAAGUGGAUUUUGCCAGCCAAGAGAGUCAGAUGGCUUUUUAUCGCUCUAUGCAGGCCUCUGGGCAAGACAUUAGAGACUUCUAUGAAAUUCCAACUGAAAGAAGAGAGGAACGACCAAGACCUCCAUACCAUGAGUUCUCAGCAGAAAGAGCUUACUUUGAGAAUGUACGCACCCCUGGCACCAUUUACCCCGAAGACCCUCACAGAGAUUACCCCGCCCGCAGCCGUGAUCGGUAUUCGGAGUUGGAGCAUUACCAGGGAGAACACUUUGACCCACGCUAUCAUGAGGACCCUCGGGAGUUCAGGGAUUAUCGAGAUCCUUUUGAGCAGGACAUUCGGAAAUACACAUACAUCCAGAGGGAGCGAGAAAGGGAGCGGGAGCGCUUUGAGGCAGACCGAGUCAGGUGGAGCCCGUCUCAUCCACGGCGCCCGAUCACCCCUUCUGCCUCCCCUUCACCAUCUGAGCGUGCUCCCAGAGACCCAGAGCGACGGGUCUACAGUCAGUCCUCUGAGCGAAGUGGUAGUUGCAGCUCACUCUCACCACCACGCUUUGACAAGGCUGACAAGGCUCCUCCAUUGGAACAUGGAGCCAGCUCUAAGAGUGACAGGUUGGAAAAAGACGCCCACUUGGUUGAACCUGAGCGUGAGCGUGGACCUGGGGCUGAGAAAAGCAAGCGGGGAAGACGAAAGGAGAAAGGUGACAAAGAAAAAGGGGAGAAGAGUAAAUCAAGGAAAGGAAAGGUGCAUUCUCCCAGCAUCCCACCAUCUGAGACAAAGCUAGAUCCCAGCCUGGAUGGAGGCUCUGGAAGGGGAAAGGUGUCGGACCAAGACAGCCUUGAGAGACAGAUAUAUAAAGGUGACAAUGACCCUCCUCCUUCAGAUCCGACAGCGUCAACCUCUCGCCAUGAGCCUGUAAAAAGUGAGAGGCUUGAGUCAGGGAAAGGUGAGAUCGCAGACAAGGAUGUUAAAACACGAUCCAAGAAACACCAAAAGUCUGACACUGGAAAUGAUGGGAAAGAUCCAUCACUGGAUUCUGAUCGGCUGGCUGCGAGAAAGAGGCGCUUUGGAGAUGCCAGUGGGAGGACCAUUCGGCAGAAGAGGAGAAGGCUGGAGGAUGGGAGUCAACCCCCAGACUUUGGAGCAAGCACUGCCUUUUCAAAAGAGACGGAUGGCAACAAUAAGGCUCAACAAAAAGACUCCCAGCGGAGGUAUUCAAGAUCCAAAACGGAGAGGCUGGUGUUUCCUGGCAGUCAGGAUCCUGUAAUGAGAGGACAGGAAGAGCUGCCCGAGGGGAGCAUGGACCCUAUAGACUCAAAACGCCACAGUAUGUCUAGAAGGUUCUCCCACGAUGGGAACAUGGAUCAGGAUAAUGCAAGAGAUCAAGAUCCACCAAGCCCUUUCAAGUAUGGUGCACAGGACAAUGACAAGGGUGUCAAGGAAGAGCCUCUGGAUAUUGACCUCUCCCAGAGUUACCGCAAACAGAUGGAGCAAAGGAGACUUCACCAACAGCUCCAAGAGCCAGACAAACAAGAAAAACCAGGAACUCCACAAGACUUAGAAAGGGAGGAUCUUGAACACCGCAGUCUGGUACAUGAAGUGGGCAAGCCACCUCAAGACGUCACAGAUAAUUUCCCAUCUCAUAAACUCAAGAAACUAGAGCAAUUUGAUGCAGAUAUUAGUGCCAAGAGGGGGGACCGUGUCUACAGGAGCUUCCGGCAAAAGAGUGAAGAUCCUGAGUGGAACAACACUGCAUCUCCAGGCUUGCAACACUUCUCUCACCAUGCUGACGAUCCUGAGUGGAACAACACUGCAUCUCCAGGCUUGCAACACUUUUCUCAUCAUGCUGAAGAGGACUUUGCGGUAUCUUCACACCUCAGGGAGGUUAAAACUGAGAAUAAAAGCCACCCAGACCUGGAGCUGGCAGUCAAAAGGACACAUACAAUGCAAAUGUCCAAGCCAAACACUCCUUUACAAAUUAGUGAGGAAGAGCGGGAAAAACGUUGGGAAAGCAGAGUCAAGCAAGAUUUUUUACCCGACUUAAACUUCUCAAGAGGCAUUGCAAAAAAUCCACACCAUCGCAAGCGUUUGGAGUACGGAAUUGUGCAUGAUUUGGAGCCUGGGGAAGUACGAUCCGAUUCUGAGGAGGAUAGAGAGAACAAACCACACUCUCCUAUGCCCUCCACUUCGGUACCUUUGUCUGAUAGGCAGAGAGUGGACAAAUUUUCAGACCCUAAGCUUGCCACCUUGGAGAGGAUGAAGUUUUACUCCUUUGCACUUGACCAAACCAUCACACCAGAUACCAAGGCCCUGCUAGAGCGAGCAAAGUCUCUGUCCUCCUCUAGGGAGGACAACUGGUCUUUCUUGGACUAUGAUUCACACUUUGCUGGUUUACGCAGUAGGAAAGAUACUGAAAAGGUUGAGUCAGCACCUCGACCUACACCCUCUUGGUACAUGAAGAAGAAGAAAAUUCGCAGUAGUGGGUCUGAAGACAAACUAGAUGACCGGAAGGAAGAGCCCAAGCCCAAGCCAGAGGAACAUGAACGCAGGGAACUGUUUGCCUCACGUUUCCUUCACAGCUCGAUCUUUGAGCAGGACUCAAGACGCCUUCAGCACCUUGAGCGAAAGCAUGAGGACCCUGAGCAGAGUCAGGGUCAGCAAACUGGUCAGCAAGGCCCGGCAGAUGGGCAGCCUGACACAGAACCAGUUGUCCUCUUCCAUAGCCGCUUUUUGGAGUUCACACGGCUUCAACAGCAGAAAGACCAACCGCUACCAGAUGUGAAAAAGGCAGAUUCCAUAGAUGACAGUAGGGUGGAGAAGUCACCUGAGGCAGAACAGCAACCUCUGCAGUUACCUAAAACCUCAGAACCUGUCAUGGAUCAGGAGAUUAAACCUAUUAGCCCUGCUGAGGACAUGAUUUCCCAGCCCCCACUUAUGCCCAAGGAGAUGUCUCGACCCAAGCAGAUGUCUCCACCCCUUCCACCCAAGCAGAUGUCUCCACCCCUUCCACCCAAGCAGAUGUCUCCACCCAAGCAGAUGUCUCCACCCAAGCAGAUGUCUCCACCCAAGCAGAUGUCUCCACCCAAGCAGAUGUCUCCACCCAAGCAGAUGUCUCCACUACUUCCACCCAAAGAGAUGUCUCCACCAGUGGAAACACGUGUCAUGUUUACUCCAUCCCUAGAGCCAGCUGCCCUAGAACCUUUGACUAAAGAAGAAAACAUAAAAAAUGAACAGCUCCCUCCCCUCCCGCAAAUGUCUCCCCGUUCGAUGUCUCCCCCUGCUUCUGUUAAUUUAGUAGCCCCCGAGCCCAUUCGUUUGGUGAGAAAAGUUAAAAGAUUCCCCAGUGAAGAGAAAUCUAAACAUAUAGCUCAGAAUAUUGAAACAUUGACCCCUGAGCAGUCUUCCAACAGUGAUUGCCAUAUACAUAAAACGUUAUUGAGUCGUUCUGAGCUUGAGCUGGCACCUCCUGAAUUACCACCUGAAUUGAAAAGUUCCACACCACCUAACCUUGUUGAUGAGAUUUCAAAAGAGGAUACCAACACUGAAGAUACAGACACUCAUACAGUGGAAAAGAAACUUGAUCUCAAUCAGAUACAGGUGCUUGUUGAUAAUCAAACCAGGGAUGAGUCAAUUUCACCACCUCAGAAGUCGAAGAACAAAAAGAAUAAGUCUCCUACUCAAGUCCCACUCACUCCUUUGGUUUCAGCAAAUAGUUCAGAGAAACCACUUACACGCAAGAGUGAACGCACAAAACGUGCAUCAUCCCCUAGAGCGGAGUCUUUGAAGGGAAGCUUGGAUUCCAAAUCCACAGGCAAGUCUCCCAUACAUGGUGCAGACUCUGAGCAUGGCACAGAGCAAAGUAUAUAUGUUGGAAGAGCAAGGCGUAGAAAUGUGAAGUCUGUAUAUGCCACCCCAGUUGAGGAAGAUGCCACUAAGGGGGCUGGAAAGGAUGUAACUGAGUCACCACGUUCUGCACGAAAGCGAGGUGGAGACAAAGAAGCAGCCUCUCAGCAACCAUUAGAACAGGAUUCACUUGCACCUAUCAUCUCAAGGCGGGGACGUCCUCCUAAGAAUCGUCAAAAAGGAGAGGACAUGUUAACAGCUAAAGGGGAUAGAUCAAAAAUGGAGACCAAGGAUACAGACUCCAAUGAAUCAGAGAGUAGUGAAAGAAUCUCAAAAGUGUCAAAAGGCAGACAUUCUCCUCAUGGUCAUAAAGUGUUGGCAAGUCAGUUACCCAUGCCCACAGUGACUGGAUCCAGUAGGAAGGGGGAAAAAACUGAGCCCCCUGAAGAUGUUGCUCAACCUAUAGAUUUUACAGAGGAGGACAAUUUGGCCAUGCCAGAUUCCACUGUCUCAUGUAAAGAAGAUUCUGUGGUGCCAGUUGUGACAAAAAAAGAGGAGAAUGUCAAGCAACAACUAGGAACAGAGAAAUCAAGAGAUAAAGACGGGCAGAAAAUUGACCCUAUUGAGGAGAAAGCCAGUGGAACUAAAUUAGGUGAAAAAGAGACUGAACCUCCAGUCAUGGAAGAACAGCCUGUUUUGGAGAAGAGUGGGAGAGGAAAAGCCCCACGCUUGACACAGACUCCAAAAUCUCCUGUCCUCAAGAACCUCAAGAUCAGACUAAAUGUCACUGAGGUGAAAGAUUUACUUCAAAUGGGGGAUGAGGAACUCGGAAAUCAGGAUGAUUCUUCUAAAAAGACUAAACCAGGCGAACCUACUAAUGACCCAUUAUUAUUAGAGUCUAGUCCAGGAAAAGAUGUGAGUUUUAGCAACGAGGAUAAAGAUGGGGUGACAUCAGAGAAUAAGCCUCCAAUAGAUCCUAAAACUUUGCUACAACAGGAACAGGAGCUGGAGCAAGCUGUGGAGAACAUUGCUAAACUGACAGACCCAACCCUCCCAGCUGAGCCACCCGCUCCACCUGCCCAACCACCUGCAGAAUUAAAAAUUGAGACUGAGGAAGACAAACCAGCCAAUCCUGCUAGUGAGUAUGAACUUGCUGCUGCAAUUGAUUCCAUUAUGGGUGAGGAUAUAGCCGUCCCUCUGCCUCAAGAGCCGGUAAAUAGUGCUGUUGUGGAUUCAGAUCUAGAGAUUCCAACCUUCAUCCAGCCGACCAAGGGGCUGAACCUGACUAACAUAUCCCCUAUUCAGGGGGAGGCCUUUUUCCCAACCACACCCAGGAAAGGUGCUAAGGGCAGAGCUAAAACACCAAAGCGGUCUAAGAGCCAAAAAUCAAACAAAAAGGAUGCUGUAAAAGAAUGUUCAUCAGAACCGGAGAACACCGCUGUUAUCACAUCAGACAGCACACCCUCCAAUGAACAGCCUGCUCCAGAAAGUAUUCCCUCAUCUACAGUUGCUGGUGUCAUUACAGCCACCUCUUGGAAGCCUGAAACGGCGCAUUUGGCUCCCAAGACUACAGACAUGCCUAAAGAAUCAAAGUUGCCUCCAGCCCCUGCAGAGCAACCUCCACCUAAACAUCUGAAACCUGUCUGCCCCACAACCAAAAGUCCCACUCUCCUCAAGCCUCAUACACAACCACCACCACCGGAGUGCAUCUCACCCUCACUUUCUCCACCCCCAACCCGGCCAAACAUCAGAACCACACAGCCAAACAGGAUCCCAGUUUCCCCACCAGAUUGGCUCAACCAGUCCAAGGAUGCAGUUGUCCCUUCCUCUCCUAGAGCAUCAGCAGCUCCCGUAGAGAACCCAGGACUUCCCCUUGACACUGAGCACAUGGAGACUGAUCACAACAUCAGUGACUUGCGUAGGAUUCUCAUGAAGCACAAAAAUGUUUCACUCCCAGUCCCAUGCAGUAGUUCUGUUCCUUCCAAUCUGGGCACCUCGUCCCUUAGGGAUCCUCCACACCCUUCUGAUAGUAAUACUCCAAUGGUUGCUGUAACUAGUAAGGCCCCUCUAAAUGACAACAGGCUGCCAUCUCAUCCAGCUCAGCCUGUAGUCCGGCCCCCAGCCUCACUACCAUCCCCUGAGUCGAAGUCUGUGAUUUCUGUUAUCGCCUCCACUGCCACUUCUGUUAUCAGUCGUGUUUGCAAUCCACCCGACAUGGAGAAAGUCAAUAUGUCAGUUGACAGAAAUCCCUGUGUGGACAUGCCACUUCCCAAGCUGGCAUACAGGCCGCCCAGCAUGGAGGAUAGGGACAGUGGUUUGUACCAUGGACCAUCAGUUGGUGAGGAGGGUGGAAGUGCUGGGAGGUACUUGGUUGAGAGCUCCGGUCUGGGUACAGGCUCUAUCCCAGGUCUAAGGGUGAAUACCUCAGAGGGAGUGGUGGUGCUGAGUCACUCAGGGCAGAUCAAGGAGGGACCACAGAGGAUAAGUGCCAAAAUCAGCCAGAUCCCACCAGCUACUGCAGUUGACAUGGAAUCUCAGCAGCUUGUGUCCAUGCCCCAAAUAAAACAGGAGAUGUAUACCCACUCCCAGUCAAACACUCCGAAGUGUCCUCAAAUACAGACAGACCAUGGGCAUCCUAAGACGCAACAACCUGUGUCCGCCAUUAAACAAGAAAACACUGGUAUGGAAAAGUUAGAAUCUCCCUACCCAUCAGGGCCUCAAGGAGUUGUGAAGAGGCUCCAGCAGACAGUUGGUAAUCCACAAGUGAUGGGUUACCAUCAUCCAGAGUUCACAAUGUUAUUGAAGCAUCCAAAGAAGGUGGAUGGGGCUGAUGCUAUGACUGCUGACGGGGGUAAACCAUCUUGGAACUCUGCCAUAAGUCCUGCAAUGAGCCCCCACUUGGCCUCUCCGGCUGGCAACCACGUAGGCUUUGUUUCCGGCUCGGCCACUGACAGAACUCCGUCACAUCUCAGUGGGGUCAAACAGGAGCCCCGUUCGCCUCGCAAGUCAGGCCACCCACACUCUCCAUUCACUAAAGUGUCCUCGCCCAUUGGCGGCUCCUCUCCAAAAGGCCUCCCUGGGAUGCUGCCCUCUGGCCUUCCCGCCAUGCAGCAGUAUGUCACCAGUGUCCACCACCCUGAGCAGUCUGUCAUCAUGCAACCUCACAGUGCUCACGGUGGCAUUGGCAGGAUGUCACCCCAUCGUGUCUCCCAAGCAAUCCCCAUGGGGCACCUUGUCCAAGGAGAAGUCAGGGUGAACACACCACCCCUCUCUGUGAUGAGUUUCGGGAAGCAUGGAGACCCUCUUGCCUCUCCCUGGUCUGGUCCUCUCCAGCAACGUCCCACCUCGCCCCAGGCGGUAGGCAGAGACAUGGUCCUCAAGGUUAACCCUGGGAAUGUAAGGGGCCACGAGGGAGAGCAAGAGGAUGCCAGACGCUUCCAUCAGGUCACAGGGAGACCAUCUGCCACCCAGCUGAAAGCAGAGACUAUGCAGGUGGAUCCCCACGGAGCUCUACGCAGCGGGCUACAGCUGGACCCGUACAUGUCACCCAGGGACAUGCGUGUGCUCAUGCACCACCCGCAGGGAGAGCGCUCUGCCUCAGAACCACACCAGGGACACAUCCAAGAGACUGUCCCACCCUCUUCGACAUCUACCAAUAUCACCUCGUCCCUGUCCCCCAGGGCACAUCUGCUGACUAAAGGUGUUUCUGAGAAGGAUGGCACAAAGCCACAGGAGGUCAAGAGCCCACACUCUCCUCUGAAGGAUGGGAUGAUGGGGAUUCGGCCAUCUAUGGCCGCCAUGGCGUCCCCGCAAAGGGUGCAGUUGCUACCAUCAGGGACGGGAGCUUCCUUCUCAGAGUAUCCUGGAAUGUACAGCAACACCCGGGCCGUCCAUUCCCAGAUCCCAGAGACUUCUUUUGGGAUCAACCAGGCACCUAUCAACAUCACUUCUGCCUUAGGUACAGACCCCAGCCAGUCACAAGCUGAUGGCAAGGUGAAACAAGUUGGACACCAACCUGUCAACAUGGUGCAGCUGCUCACGAAGUACCCGAUAGUGUGGCAAGGGCUGCUAGCACUGAAGAAUGACCAAGCUGCUGUCCAGUUGCAUUUUGUCUGUGGCAACAAAGCAUUGGCUCUACGAUCGCUGCCCUUACCAGAGGGAGGAGCGCUGCUUCGGAUCGUCCAGAGAAUGAGACUUGAGGCAUCACAACUGGAUGGUGUGGCUAGAAGAAUGACAGGGGAGAGUGAGUUCUGUCUCCUGCUAGCUCUUCCAUGUGGACGGGACCAGGACGAUGUCCUGAAUCAGACCCAGGCCCUAAGGACCGCUUUCAUUAACUACUUGCAGGCCAAGCUGGCUGCAGGCAUCAUCAAUGUCCCCAACCCAGGCUCCAAUCAGCCUGCCUAUGUGUUGCAGAUAUUCCCACCAUGUGAGUUUUCGGAGAGCCACUUAUCCCGGCUAGCCCCUGACCUCCUCAACCGGAUCUCCAAUAUCUCCCCUCACCUCAUGAUUGUCAUCACCUCUGUGUAACAAGCCACCCCCCUGUAGCGGGGAAAAGGAACCACCUCUUCUCUUCAGUGGACGUACACCAAGUUGAGCCUCAGGAAACAAGAGGAAUGCCAGGGUCUUUGCUCCUGGAGACACUGGGAACAUUUGGGAAUAACGUCCUAUUCAAACCAUUUCCAAGUCACCUCUUUUUUUUUUCUUCACACCUGGCUGGUAUUUUUGUCCUUCUCAAAAGAGCGAGCUCAGGGAUGGACUAGACCAGAACCCUAUAUCUCUGCUGUAUUUCUAUUUAUUGGGGAGUUUUAUUUUGAUGUAGGGAGUAAGAAGAAUGAGUUACUUUGUGGGUGGCCUUUUAUUCUUCAUCUUUUAAUGAUUGUUGUUCAUUUUUUAAUUCUUCAUAAGGAUCAUGGAAGCCAUUAAACAAUGGCAAAAAUAGACAUUUCAACGUGUAUUUUUAAGUACAGUAAUUAUGUACAAACAAACUUCAUUGUUCAGCCUUUCCCAUAGAGGAAGAAGGAACUUUAAAAAAAACUUUUAGGGCACGUCUCAAAUGGCACCCCAUUUCUUAUAUGGUGCACUACUUUGGGCCCUGGUCAAAAGUAAUGCACAAUAUGGGGAUAGGGUGCCAUUUGGGACGCACUGAGAUCUUGUAGAGAGGACUGUCAGCCUAACAAACCCCUUUUGAUUCCACCAGCUCUGCUGUUCCAUUCUCUACUUAAACAAGACAAGGCUGUUCCCUUCCAUCUGUUUCCGCAUUAUACGACCAACAGUGGGAUUUAGGAGUUUUUGGAAUACUGGACUCUGUAAAUAUUUUAAAUAUUUAAAACUUUGACAAACUAGAACUUGGGACAACUUGAUACCAAGAGACUUCCAGCCAACCAUGGAAAUACAAGAUGGUAAGGUGGGAUGAAUUAAUUGGGGGUGUAAGGAAGGACACAGAGGGGAAACCCCUUGCUUUUGUGGUGUAAAUACUUGACACAGCAGGUUGGAAAACUUGUGUGGAGUUUGCUGAGUGCACUUCACAUUUUGUUACUCAAAUAAAAAAUGAAUCCAGAAAACUAAAACAGUCAUGAGCUCUUUCAUCUGGAUGGUUUUUUCUUGUUUCUCUUUUGAGAUGCUGUCUGUUUGAAAUAAAUAUUUGAACAUUGUGUAAAUAUAA